AAUGCAGAUCAAGCAGAUGAACAACUUAACAAUGAGGCAAGUAUAAUUUUGAAAACUGUUGGUAUUUAUAAAAUUAUGAAUUUGGUACGUGUUCAUAAUCCCAUUCCUGACAUCAGGAUACACGAGAGCCUAUGAAUGAGAUCACGAAAGAGACACCUGGUUCUCCAAUAGCUCAACAGAAUAUUGAGACUCCAGUCCUUACUCCAAUUCAGACGCAGCAGGAGACUCACGAGCUUAUGAAUGAGAUCAUUUCACCAAACAUUUCCGACACACAGCCAAAUACCCGAGCUCGCAGAAAUCUUUUAACAGAGCAAAAUAAGGAUGUAGAAAGCAGAGUUCAAAAUCCCUUUGAGAUCGGAGCAAAUGUGGAGAUUUCAUCACAAGAUGACAAUACUUGUCAUAAAUGGUAUCCAGGAAAUGUGUUGGCAACAUAUUUGGUUGAUGGGGUUGAGAUGGUGAAAGUUGAGUACUUCGUCCCGUCUCUGGACGAAAAGAAGAGGAAAAGGAGUGUUGAGACACGUGUAUCAAUUGACAGAAUACGUCCUCAACCACCACCUGAGAGAUCUGGAGCGAAGAAAAGUUAUGAGCUAAUGCAGGACGUGGAGGCGUUCGACAAUGGUGCCUGGUGCGCUGGAAAAGUUAAAGUCAUUUUGUUUGAUGGCUCGUGUUUUGUCUCUUUGAACAAUUCUAAAGAACAAAUUUACUUCCACCAUUCUGAGAUGCGAAAACCAAGAAAAUGGGUAGAUGGUGUUUGGGAGAUGACAAAAAAGAUGGAAGAAGAGCAGACGCAGAGUGUGAAUCCAAGUGAAGGAGAUGGUGAUAAAAAGGGGAAGGCGAAGGCUGUCGCUUGUAAGAAAAAUGAAGCAGCUGGUCCAUCAGAAGAUGGUGUUGGGAAAAUGGCAAAAGAGAUGGAAGUAAAGCAGGGUAAGAGUGUGAAACCAAGUCAAGACGAUCAUGCAAAAAAGGGGAAGCCACAUGUUGGUAAGAAGAAGAAAGCAAAUGCUCAGCCAGUAGAUUUGCUUCCUUUUCUACAGCGAGAAGAGAAGAGGCCAAUACGACCUAGAAACCCUCCUAUACCUGUAACACCUGAGGUAAUCCUUCCAAUUGAUCCAUUUGUGACACCUGAAUUUCCUCGGUUUUCAAGGCUUGCACACUGGAUGGAUCUACGGGGCAUAUAUCGUGUACCGUUUUAUAUCAAUGGAAAAGAAAUUGAAAAAGAGUUCUUUCAAAAAAUGGACGAUGCAGAAAACAAUCUCAACAAAGAGCACAUAAAUGUUGCAUUUGAAAUGCUAAAUUGUAAGAGGGUUGAGCAAGGUGCUUGGUUCCGCAACAACAAUCUUCCAGCAGCAUGCUUUGUACCAGUCAAAUUCUUAGAAGUGGUUGGGUACGCUUAUGAAUCUGUCAGGAAGCCACAUAAGAAAAAAAAAAGUUAUUGGAGGGCUGUGUAGGCGAACUUGUGAAAGGUUUAAUACAUCCAAAGAAGGUAUGGCUGGAAGAUGUUGAUGUUAUAUAUGGUGUCAUUGAAGAUAAGUUGAGCUGUCACUAUAUUGGGGUGGAGAUACAAUUGAUGGACAACACAAUCACACUCUUCCAUUGUGGUCUUCCAAAAGCAAAUAUCAAACGUGCUCUUAAUCAAAUCCAAGAACUGGCAGGUAAAAAUAUUAGCUAAUUUAGAAAAUAAAAGUUUGUCACUUGCUGCUUGUGAUUGUGAUGCAUUUUUACAUAUUCAUUUUGUUGUCUGUUGGUGAUUGAUUUAUUGUAUAAUUUUGGGUAUUUAUGACAGUGUUGAUUAGUGCCAUAAAGAUGGAACUUCUUGGUGAAGAGGUUAAUUUCGAAGAUAUCAGUCCAUUUGAAGUUAAGUUUGCAGAAGGGCUUCCAAAGACAAAAUUUCCAUACAACUGUGGUAUUUUUGUUGUGAAGAUGCUGGAAUGCAGGUCACUGGGAUUGAAGAGCAUGGCUAAUAUAAAUGAUGAAACUGCGAUGGACUUACGAAGCAAGCUAUGUUGUGAGAUCUUCGACCAGUUUAUGGAUAAAGAUUUCCAGGAAGGUCAAAGGAAGUGAAAAUGUCAUAUUUGUUCUGUUUUCUACACUGUUUUUCUACUUUGAUAUUAAUUAUCCCUAACGUUUAAGUUUAAGUUUGUAAUGAAUUAUCCCUAACGUUUUUUUCAUUUAGAUUGUUAUUGAAAAAUUUUUAGGAUGUAUUGAUGAAUUGUCAAAUGCUUAUGGUACUUUUAGGAUGGGUUUCCAGAAAAAGAGUGAGAAAGCAAAAUGCACCAAAGCCUAGCAUAUUCCUUUAAAGUUUACAAAAAAAAUGAAAAAGAAAGUGAUCCGAUGUUGAUUGAACUCGUGAACUCUCGAAAGAUGAAUCAAAGUGUGCAGCCGCUGUGCCAAGGGUGUUAUACUUGCCAAAAGAUAUAAUAAAACGAUAAUAACUUUUGAAUAUUUAAUUAAAAACAGAAAAAAGUGAAAAUAUACACAACGGGAAUCGAACACGGCUUAUUGUGUGAUAAGGGUACACUAAGAGUAGAAGGGCUUGCCACUAGGCUAUGGUGGAUAUUCGAUAUCAGAGUAAAUGUGAACUUAUUUAUUCACAGACGAUAGAUUUAUAUGAUCUGGAUAUCAUUUUAGGUAUUCAGGAUAGCUUUCCAAAAACAAAUUCCUUUAAAGUUUACAAAAAAAAAAUGAAAAAGAAUGUGAUCUGAUGUUGAUUGAACUCGUGAACUCUCGAUAGAUUAAUCCAAGUGUGCAGCCGUUGUACCAAGGGUCUUAUACUUGCCAAAAGCUACAAUAAAACGAAAAUAACGUUUGAAUAUUUAAUUAAAAACAAAAAAAAAUGUGAGUAUACACAACGGGGAUCGAACACGACUUAUUGUGUGAUAAGGGUACACUAAGAGUAGAAGGGCUUGCCACUAGGCUACGUUGGAUAUUCGAUAACAGAGUAAAUGUGAACUCAUUUAUUCACAGACGAUAGAUUUAUAUAAUCUGGAUAUCAUUUUAUGUAUUCAGGAUGGCUUUCCAAAAACAAAUAAGCAAAUCAGAUAACCAAGUUAUAAGAACACUAGGCCAAACCAUUACAAAAUAGUGAAAAACAUUGAACAAGUUUUUUAUUUAGGUUGUUAAUUGAAGAAACAACACAAGAGAAACAAAAGUGCUUAUUCAUUUAAAAUAAAAACUGAAAAUCAAACAUAAUGUGGUCCUUAAAAACAUAAAAAGAGAAGACGAUAACAUGAAAUUACUCAUGAUGGAGCCAACUUUCGCCAAGUUUAUCCCAAUCAGGGACUUUGACCUUCACAUCAGCAAGCAUUCCUUCCGCUUCCGAGUGCUCUUCUUUGAGUUUCUCCAACUCAGCAGUUAAAUCAAAUUUUCCAUCAGCUUUGAUAAUAUCUUCAAGCAACUCGAUUUGGACAGCAAUUGAAUUUGCUUUGCUGGAUGCAAGAUUCCAAUCAUUCUCAGAUAGCCUGUAUUCGUUGGACAAACGAAGAAGAGCCCUGUAAUGUUCCACAGUUUCCUUCUUCCCCUUCUUGAAACCUUCGGCGGCAUCACAUCCGUAAACCUCCUCUAUGGGACGCUUCAUCAUCUUCUUUGAACUUCCUUCCAUUGAAACUUUGUCCUGCAACAAAAUCGAAACUAAGAUGUUACGAUAAAAUAGAAAUAGAAAAAAGUUCAUGAAUUGAAUGGAAAAUGAGAAAAAUCGAAAACUAACUUGUAUUGCAAAAGGAUAUAUCAAGCGAAAUGAAGUGAGUGAAUAAAAGGUCUGAUAUCGUCCCUUAUAUUUAUAGAACAAAAAGGAACUCUUCGAUUAUUGAAGUCAGUUAAAAUAAACUCUUGAUUAUUGUGGAACUCUUCGAUUAUUGAAGUCAGUUACUGAAAUAACCAAUCAUAUAACACCCAAUCUUGACGAAAAGAAACUCUUCGGUUACUGAGUUACAUGAUGUCGUUUGGAAGAGACUCUUCGAUUCCUGAGAUAUAUGUUUGA